AUGAGGAUCAAUGCCAAGCUAGACCUGACAUUUACGGCUAGCGUUGCCGCGUGCCAAGCCUUGCCCGUAAAGUUUAUGCGGCUCCAAAAAAAAGUCGAUUUCGGUCUUCGAGAUAACUACGCUAGAUGUUGCCGAUAUGGACAAAGAUUGCAGACUUGUGCUCACCUUCGGUCAUUACACAACCCAGCGCUUGGGUCAAGCGCAACAUGGAUAAGCUCCUCCUCAAAUACCGGCGCUGAACGAUCAUAUAACCCACCGUAUGCUCCCCGGUCGUAUCAUCGGGGUUUUCACUACACCAAAUAUCUUUCUUCCCCCGCUUCAAGCACCGACCGAGAAUCAUUGCUCAAAACCGAGCUAUCGCAAGCCGAAUUACAAGGAAAUGGCGAUAUAUACGAUUACCUCCGCAAAUGGCAACAGAUGAAUCAGCCCUUGAUUAAUGAAAUGGACCCGAUCCAGUUACCUGGGGACUCCAACACUGGAACCGCGCUUAAAGGGGACAUGUUGAAGGACGGACUGGCGAACCAGGAAGAUAAUAUCGAUUUAUUCGACACGGAUGAAUACCGCCACUCUAUUGACGAGGAUGCAGGCUCACGGUUUCUCCAACCCGGAGACAUGGUUGUACUGAAAUCGGAAUCGAGUUUUGCAGACGGUCAGUUGGCCAUAUACAUGCGGUCAUUGGAAAUGCAGCACCAGUUUUAUACAAUGAGAGGGAAAUGGCGCUCCACAAGCCUUACCAAAAUGGAAUUUAUUGCUAGCAAAGUAGCGACAUUGGAUAUGUUGAAAAAACUUUUGCCCUACUUUCCAUCUCGAAGAGUCGAAAAAGCUCCUCUAGCCCAGUUAGGGGAGGAAGGUGGUGUUCCACGCCCGAUCGGGGCCCACCUCAUUGAUUUGAUGAUGGACUUCACUGCCGCAGCAGAAGAAUUCCACCGCAAGCACGCCGUCGCUUUGAACGAAUUAUAUCAUAAGCUUGUUGCUGAUGGAGACGCUCCCGUAAUGACUCUAGAUGAAAUUGCAGAAACGGCUCUCGGGCUUGACCCUUCAAAAUUGACAAACCCAGAGAGGUGGGCUAUUCAGAGAGCUAUUGGCCGCCUAUCCUUUUACAUAGCUGCCAACAAGAUCGGACCGUUUACCGAAUCGUACACCAUUCGACCAAAAGAGGAUGCCCAGAAGGUUGCCGCAGUCAUUCGCUGGGCUCGGGAAUACCAGAGUCGGGCAAAAAGGAUAACCUUAGGAGAGACCAUACCUGACAAUGAUAAACAUCCUAUCGAGAUGUUCAUCCGGAAGGCCCGGCGGAUCAUUCAACAAAGCCGGCGGUCUAGGUCACCAACCACGAUGUUUUUAGUUAGCCCAAGUGCGAAAAAUAAGUUGGCCACUGAUGAUGGAGAGAGCAGUUCUUGUUGUAAAGACGAAAUUGAAACAUUUUCUGAAACAGACAAAAUUAUACUUGAUUACUUCCGCAUGUGGACGCUUCCUCCGUGCCUAAUGACGGCCGGGACUCUGAGAUCAUCGGGCUCUACCAUUCUCCGAGCGAUUGGCCUUUAUAGCGACCUGCGUUUAACGCCGCCCACAGGAUAUUUGUUCUUGCAGGAAAUGGGUGUCUUUACUCCGUGGGAAAAUCUCCACGUCCUUUACGAACAGCUCGCGCUCCCUGGUCAUGGAAUUUCCCGAACCGCAGACGAGAUAGAGGAGGAAUCCAACCGGUUCUGCGAAAAUAUUGGACCAGAAGGUCUUUUAGAUACGAUGAAAGAUCUAAGGAAGGACUGGGGCGAUCUUCCUGUAUUCUGUGUCGAUGAUGUUCAUGCAGCCGAAAUCGAUGAUGGAUUUUCGAUCGAACCCGUUCCCGGCUCUGAGGACACGUACUGGGUUCAUGUUCAUGUUGCCAAUCCAUCUGCAUUUAUUCCGCCAGAUCACAUUGUUGCUAAACGAGCCGCCGAAUUCAAGAGAUCUUUCUACUCCCCUGAGCGAGUCUACUCCAUGCUGCCUCCAGCUCUCGUCCAGAAAUAUUUCAGUCUAGCCCCUGGUCGCCCGGCUCUUACUUUCAGUGCGAAGAUUAACAUGACGGGGGAUAUACUUGAAACGAACAUUUCUAACGGAUAUGUCAAGAAUAUAAUCUACGUGACGCCAAAUAAAGUUCGAAAACUAUUUGGUAUUGAUCGAGAGACAGCUCCUUCUCUGACUCUAUCUUUUGACGGCGAGUUGAAAGAGCAGUACCCUGAAAAAGCCCAAAAUGAUAUACAUGACGAGCAUAAAUCGGCUUUCUAUACUUUGGAAAAACUGAUGGCUGCUCGCCGUGCGAAACGAGUGGAUAAGGGUGCAUUGGAAUUUUUAUCUCGACAAAAAUCCCAACCGAGAAUAUCGGGUGAAAAAAAUCAAGAAUCGAUGUAUUCCGUCGACAGAACAACGGGAUAUCAUUUCACCGGAGACCCAGUGGUUCACUUCAGCAAUUUAUCGACUGAUCCAUUUGAGAUGUUGGAAUCAACUAAGGACGAUCUUGUCAACCAUGUCAUGGUACUGGCUGGAGAGGUUGCUGGGCAAUGGCUCAAAGACCGGCAGGCCCCAGUAGUGUUUACUGGAACGUGGUAUCACCCCGAAUACACACCGGUCACGAGAGAGAGCUUAUCUGCUGAAGUGCCCAACUCGUUCCAUCUCGGACUUCCAAGAUCCUUUGCUUCGCCAACUCCAACGCCACACGUCUCACUUGGGGUCGACCAAUAUGUGAGAUGCACCAGCCCACUUAGACGAUAUACCGACCUCAUUGCCCAUUGGCAAAUAGAAGCGAUCCUUCGCCACCAGGCAAAUGAGCCAUCGCCCUCCUCCCCACCUCAAGUUGUCCCGGACAACCUCCCAUUCAAAACUCAUGAUAUUGAAAAAUACAUCUCACGCGCUGAUUGGCAAAAUCGCCUAAAGGAUCGAGCGCAAAACCGUUCACGUGACUUCUGGAUCUGCCAGGCCCUUUUCCGGUCCUUCUAUUUCAACGCGGCAAAGCUACCCCCGACGUUUCAGUGUAUCAUCCAGGGCGAGAACUUUGACGCAGUGUACGAAUUCGGAGCCGAUUGGGACGAAUACUUCGGCAGACUGCAACCUUUCGAUCUGCAGUGUAUUGUCACUCUUGACAAGACUGCUACACCCAUGCAAAUAGGCGAUCUAGUGGAUGUGGAACUUGUAUCAAUUGAUAUGUACACUCUUCGAGUUACAGUCAAGUUUUCUCGUCAUGUCAAACGGCCGGAGAACGGCGCGCUUGCGUCGAGGGGAAUAGCAAUUAACUGA